AUGAGAAACCAACUUGAAAGAAACGAAAAAGGAACAACAAAAAAGAGAGAACAGAGGUACAAAAAAAAUGAAAAAGGAAAAAAGGAUGAAGAGCGAAGAUAUGGGAAGAAUUUAAAUUAUUAUCCAUGCUCUAGCGAAAUCGAGUCAAGAAGAAUCGAUUCUAUGAACAGAAAGAAGAGAAUUACAAAGGAAAGACUUUGGAACAAUGAAAAUUUUCACGAGGAUGAUGAAAACAUGAUGUGCCUUCAAAACUUCAUCCUGAAUGAUAUAUCAGAUGAUAAUAUAAACGAAACGAACAAAAUCGUAUACGACAAUUUUGAAAAUGAGAAGGGAAAAAAGUUUCCCUAUGGGUCUGAAAAAAGAAGGGAAAAUAAAAAGUUAAACAAGAAUCACAAUAAAAACAUAGCUCAAGAAAAAAAUCGACUAAGGGAUAUGACGUACAACCAAAUAACAGGAUUAAAUUUAACUAAUUACCUUCUAGUACCUGAUGAAAUGAGGCACAAAUACACAAACACAUAUUUAUUUCAAAUAUCGAAAAGAUUACUUGUUAUGAAAAAGCCAUGGAGAUUGCCAAAAAAUGUGGAAUUACAAAUAAACAAUGUGUAUCAUUUGUCAAAUUAUAUAAAAGUGUUAGAAAGAAUAUCAAGUGAAUAUUUGAAUGACCCCCCGAUAAAUUAUUAUUACAAAGGAUUAGAAUUAUACAACAAAAAUGUAUUUGCAAAUAUAGAUUAUUUGUUAAAAAAAGUAGACAUAAAAAAUAUUCCCAAAUUUUUUCAUUACAAAGAUUUAAUAAAAGUAAAUGAGUGUUAUUAUGAUUUGAGUACUUUUGGAAAAUCUCCUAAUGCCAUGUUUUAUCAAUCUUAUGUAAUAUGGGAUAUACAUGGGAGUAGUUUAACCCUAGAACAAGAAUAUGAAAAUUUCUUUGAUUCACAAAUUAUGGAUUACAGUUUUGGCGAAAAGGAAUUCCCAAAUUUGAAAUACAUUUUAAGUAUUUGUAGUUCAAUCCUUUUUUGGCUUAAUUUUAAUAAAAAAGAUAAUUUCGCAAUUAUAAAUUAUCAUAAAAUUAGUUCAUUCAUUUUGUUAAUUUUCUCUUGUGUCAUGCUAGUCAUAGAUAAUACAUUAACUUUUUCACAAAUUCAAGAAAUUCUCUAUAAAUCGUCAAAAAUAAAUAACAGUUAUAAGGAUAAUGAAGAGGAUAAUACCAACGCAGAUAUCACUUCAAAUUACUUUGGAAAUAAAUAUGAAAAUAAUUCCAAUUGUGAAAAAUCGGAUGACACAUCUUAUAUGCAAGCGAACAAAGAGAUGGAAAAAAAGUAUUCUUAUAUCCUAAAAGGUAAUAACGAAAUAUAUCCAAAUAAUAAUACACGUAGAAGAAAUAGACAUAGUUAUGAAAAGGAGAAGUACAUUUCUCAACGCAAAAAUAUUCAUAAAAAUAACGCUCAUGAGGGAGAAGUUCAUACAAAAAAAAGAGAAAUAUCGGAUUCGACACAUGUCCACAAUUUUAACAAUUACAACAUCAAUGAUUAUGCACCAUAUGACAUCCUUUUUAAUAGAAGUGAUAUGGCAUUACCCAAUUCUGAAUAUAGCAGAUAUAAAGGCAUAAACGAGUUUAAUAAAAUGCAAUAUCAUACAUUAAAUUUAAGCAGGAGAAGUGGGGAAUUUGAUAAUGAAAUAAAAAAUUCAUUAAAUAAAAAGAAACCCAAAUUUUCCAAUUCUUGGGGAUUUCAUCUAACAAAUAGAGAAACAUAUAAAAAUAAUAAAGUAAAAGAUCAUCAUUUUUGGAUUCCAUUUGAUUACUGGAAAUCUUCGCACAAAAGAUAUUUUUUUUAUAUUUAUGAAUUAAUGAAAAAUAAAAAUAAAAAAGUUGAAAACAUUCCUUUCAAAUUAAAAAGCAUUAUUUUUAGUGAUUAUGCCAUGUGUUCCCUUUCGGUAGAGGUGUAUGAAAUUAUUUACAAAGAUAAUCAGGAAUUUCACCUGGAUGUUUUGUCAGAUUAUGAUUCUCAUGAGGAAGAAGUAUCCACGGAUGAAGGUUUAAAUAAAUUCACAGAUCCUGAAGAAUCGAAUGGGAGAAAAUACGCGCAAAAUGCAUCUGGAGAGGAAAGUACCUGUGAAGAUGAAAUUUUUCAGAGUGACUUUUCACUUCAUGGAAAAUCAAAACAUUAUGAACUCAAAAUGAAACAAAGAAGCCUAAAUGAAUGCAAUCCUAGUCAGUAUUUGGAUAGAAAACAUGAAACUGAAUAUUUCAUUAACAAGCUUUAUAACACAGGGAGUGCUAAAAAAGCGAAUAGUAAAAUUUGUACAGAAAAUAACCCCCUAUGUAGAAAAAUACACAUGAAUAAUGAUCCUUAUGGGGAAGGUGAAUCAUUUGAGAAUUUAAGUUUGUCUAAGAAUGCACCUGCAAAGGAUAUCUUUUUUAUAGAUAGGACCCAAGACAAAAAGAUAGAAGUAAAAAAUAAGUUGAGAAGAACAUCUAAUUAUAAUUUAAGAAAUAGUUCAAAUACCGGCAGUGGGAGCUGCAAAGUUGAAACGUUUUAUAUGGAAAAUUCAUUAAAUCCGUUAAAUUCAUCAAAUUCGUCAAAUGAGGCAAAUACAUCAAAUUCGCCAAGUGCGGAAAAUACAUCAAAUUUGCCAAGUGCGGAAAAUACAUCAAAUUCGCCAAUUGAGGAAAAUUAUCGAAAUCCAUCAAAAUCGCCAAAUUUUGUAUUAAAUCACAAUGUCGAACCAGAAGAGGGAGAAGAGAAAAAUGUGGAUCAUAAUCCCCCCAGCAUCCCCAGUGAAAAUAUUUACAACAGACAAAACAGGAAUCAACAUGGUGAUAAAUACAUUUUGUCCAGACAGCUUAGAUCAAAAUCGCCAAAGAAAAUAUCAACAGAUCAUAUGUACAGGUAUAAAAAUGAGGAAAUUUCAUUCAAGAGUAAUAUACAAAAUGGAAUUACAAAAGGGAAAAUAAGUACUACUAAGAAAACGAAAUCACAAACAUCAUUUGGUGAAAAGAAGAAUAACAAUUCAGUAAAUGAGAGUGAAUAUUAUAUCUCAAUUAUGAAGGAACGUUUUCGUGAUAUACCUAAAAGGGGAGGAAGAAAAGGUGGAGAUGAAGAAGAAUAUAUGAAGGAUAAGAAAAGAAAAGAAAAGAAAAUUUACGACUUUUUAAGGAAAAAGAGAAAAAAAAACUCCUCAAAAAUGGAAGAUGGAAAUAAAGGAGGAACAUGCACGAAAUCUGGUUAUGAAUACUUUUUAAAAUGUAAUAGCUUGAAUUAUAAUAUUGUAUCAUCAUAUGAAAAAAAUAAGAAAAAGUAUGUAACAAUCGAUUUCACACAUGAUGCUGAAGGGAAUACCAAAGAGCACAUUAUAUGUGGGGAUAUUCUGAUACUAAUUGGACAUAAAAAUAUAGAAAAAUUUCAUAAAGGAUUUUCAAGUUCUUAUUCAUUUCAUACUGGUUUUUUAAAAAAAUCCUCAUCUGAAAUUAUUCAUAUAAGGAAAGAUGAUAUGGACAUUAAUAGUAAUUAUGAAAGCUACAUUCCGGAUGGUAUGAAACUAUCCAUAAUUUUAGAUACUGCUAGCAAUAAUGAUUGUAUGAAAGCGUACAAAAAGAGUUUAAAGAGUCAUAACAAAACCGAAGAUUUGAAAUCAUUAAAAGUUUUUGAAAAAAGUAAAUCUUUCGAAUCUAAUGAUUCUAAGCAUGUUAUUAGUUAUGAUCAUCGAGGAUAUGAAAAUUCCAUUUCAGAGUCUGAGAUGAGUUUCCACAUUAAGGGAAUGAAAAAAAGCACAGGAAAAGUGAUAAGAAGGAGAAAGGAAAGAGAAAAAGAAUCGCAAGAUAGUGAAGGUAACGAAGAAGGAAAAGACGAAUGGAGGAAUCGAAAAGGUAAACACAGAUUGGUGACUAAUAUGAGGAGGGAGAUAAAAGCAAGAGAGUGCUCAGAGGAGUGUGAAGAGAAGUGCGAAGAUGAUCGUGAGGAGGAGUUCGAAGAUGAUCGUAAGGAGGAGUUCGAAGAGGAGUGUGAGGACUUCGAAGAGAAGAAUGAAGAAUCAGACGAGAUACGCAAUCACAAGGGAGAAACAAAACCGAGACGGAAACAGGAGAGAGAAGAGAUGGGGUACAAAUUAUCAGAAGAGAGAGAUCAAAAGAACAAUUUACACAUUAGUAAUAAUAAAAAAAUAAAUUUCGAUUCAAAGAUAAAUGACAAUAGUCACUCAAUUUUCAACGAUAAGGAACCUAAAAUAAAAUAUAAUGCUUCUAACAUAACGCAACUGUUAACGUCCCUUUUUGGUUUUAAAAACAAGGAAGACAAAUAUUCAUUAGUAAAAAAACAAAACGCAUGCUCUUUAUUAUCGUCCAAAAGAUCUUUUUCAAAUUUAAUUUCUCUGAAAGACUAUUUACAGAGACAGUAUGAAGUGAUUACGAGACCAACAGAAAGUAUGUACAACUUUGUUAAAAAUCACGUUUUAAAAGUGAAUAUGCCUUUAGUGCAUUAUUUAAAAAAAAUAACCCAUUUGUCUAAUUUAAAAAUUUAUUACUCUUUAAAAUUGUGCAAUAAUGAUUUAAGUAAAUCUUUAAAUUUUAUCGUAUCCAUAUGGGGAAUUAAGAUAUUAAAAAAUAAAAGUUCCAUUAGAUACUCAUCAAAUUUUAAUGAACUACCUGAAUUUAGAGAAGAAUUUAAACAAAUUCCCCCUCGUGAUGCGAGUAUAAAAACAUUCAUUGAGUCAACAAAAAAUGUCGAUUAUUUAGAUAGCACAAGUGUCAGUUGUACACAUGUAGAAUAUUACGAAAAAAUGGAUGAUAGUGCAAAUUUGAAUAAGGAAAAUGAGCAAAUUGUAUCGAAUGAGGAAACAGAUGUAGAAUAUUCGAAGGAAAAAACUAAGAAGAUUAAUUUUCCUCAAUUUUUAAGAGAGACAAUUGAGUUGAACGAGAGUGGGAAGAGCAUUGUGCUGGAUUGUUUGGUCCCAUAUAAUGCGAGUAAUUCGAUGGACAAGGCAAAAAAUGAGGUAAAAAAUGAGGGCACAAAUAAGGAUGGAAGUAAUCACUUGAGUAAAUAUCUGAAUGAACACAACCCCAAGGAACAAGCGAUGAACAGAAUAAACAACAAGGGCCAAUCCGAAGUGGUAACAAACAUUGAUGGAAUAAAAAUUGCCAAAUUAGAAAUUAACAAGAGUUACUACGAAAUGAGAGGUGAAGAAGUAGGUUUUAAAAAAGGGAUAGAAGAAAAAGAUUUGACAAAAAUUGAAAAGGAAAAAGUUGAUUAUUAUAAAGAAAAUAUUAUAGAGGACAAUGAAAGUUUUUUAAAGAGUAUGGUAGCAAAAGAGGAACCAUCUAAACCGGUAGAUUAUAUUAGUAAAAACGAUGAUAUAUUAAAAAAAAUUGAAGAGAACCAUUUUUUUUAUGCAAAAUUACCUAGUGGUGAAUUGAUAAAAUUAAAAAUAAAAGAAACAGAUGAUUCUGGUACAUAUGACAGUAUUCCUUUAUUGUUCAUUGAAUCAAUGGAUGAUUCAGAACGACUUGUACGUUCAUUGAGUAGCUUAAAUUUAAAUGAGGAAGCUCAGAAAAAUGAAGGCAUAACCCUAGACAAUGUCGUUCAUAAGGAUAGUUUAAUUAAUAAUUUGGAAAAAAUGUAUGACCAUAUGAUCACAAAAAAAAACAGUGUUGACUCAACUUUGAGUGCUGAGAGUGAGAAGACAGCUGCAUCUAGGUAUUCUACCUGCGUCAUAGAACCCUCUCUAAAUUCUAUAGUGCAGGUGCGUGAAAAGGUAGUACAUGAAAAUGUAGUGCAUCAAAAGAGAAACGUUGAAAAGAUCGUCAAGGAAGGGGAACUUGUGUUAAGGGAGAAUACAAAAGGAAUCAUGGAAGAAAAUGUGGAAAUGAAGAAAGUUGUAAAAAGUGAGACACAGGAGGGAAAAAGGAAUGAUGCAGUAUACCAAAAGGCAGAUGUCAAAAUGGGAAAUAAAAUUUCAGAUGAAAUGAUGAAACAAUCAGCUAGCGAAAUUAGAACAGUGGAGAAGACGGGCGUUAAUGCUCUCCUUAAAAAAACGAAGGAAAAGAGACCCCCUCCUCCACUACCAGCAGUAUUUCAGAAAAGUUUGAUUCCCAAAGUAAAAUCGGAUACAAUGGAAAAGGAGGAACAUACAAAAAAAGAAUGUAACACAAAAAUAAUUGUUCCAAAAAAAGUCGGAAAAAAAAUUCCAGGUCCACCUCCACCUCUUCCCCCAUUUAUGUUAAAUAAAAAUAAGAUGGGAGAAAAAUCUAAAAUGGGAAUGAAAAAAUGUCCAAUGAAUCUUGGAUUAAAGAAAUGUGGAAAAAUACAAGAAAAGAGACCGUUAGGAAUUAAAUUACAUUGGCAAUUAUUACCAACUCAUAAAAUUGAAGGAACAGUUUUUAAUGAAAUAAAAAGUCAAGAAACAAAGUAUAAUAUAAUUGAUACUAAAGCUGUUCAUAAAUUAUUUGCAAGAGUAAAAGUAGAAAAAACUAUUAUAAAAAAAAGUACAGAAUCCAAGAAAAAAAGUAAUGAAGAAAAGUUAAUAACCGUUUUAGAUAGAACACGGGCACAGAAUAUUGGAAUAUUGUUACGGUUUCCUAUAAGUACUCAAGAAAUUGUUAAUAAGAUAAAUAUAUUUGAUCUUGAAAAUAUAAAUGCAGAAUUUUUACAAAAAUUGUUACACAUUUUACCAACAAAAGAAGAAAGUGAUGGUAUUUUACAAAAGUUAGAACAUGAAAAUGUGAAAGAAGAAAAUUUUAGAGAUGUCGAAAGGAAAUUAAUUCCUUUUGUCUACUUAAAUAAAUGCCAGUGUAAAAUUGAAAUUUGCUUAUUUUCCUUAAAAUAUGAUAAGAUGAUAAAUGAAAUAAAUAAAGAUUUGGAUACGUAUAACAAAGCUGUAAAAGAAGUAAGAUCAAGUGUAAGAUUAAGGUCUUUAUUAAAAGCAGUUCUGAAGUGGGGUAAUUAUGUUAACUAUGGUGUUAAUGACAACGAAGAUUUAGUUGCCUUAGGGUUUACAUUAUCCUCUGUUUUAAAAUUGACCGAAUUUAAAUCUUCACUAGACAAUGCUAUUACUUCGUUGCAUUAUAUCACUGUUAGUCUUUGUACAUACUUACCAAAUUUAAAUAUGAAUUGCCUAGAAAGUGACUUAAGCUCAGUUUUAAUAGCGUCGAAAAUGUCAUCAGAAACUGUAGAUAUUUUACUAGCAUCAUUGGAUAAAGAAAUUACAUACGUUAAAACGCAAUUAAAAUGUACCUAUGAAGACAUUUUUAAAGAAAAAAUGAAAAAUAUUUUACAAGAUAGUGAAACAAAAUAUAUAAACUCUCAAAAGAGAUAUGAAGAAACGAAGAAAUGUGUACACGAAUUAGGUACCUAUUUAGGAGAAGAUAUGACAAAAAGUGGAAAUUUAGAAAAUAUUUUUAUUAUAUUAUCAUCUGUUGUUGAAAAUUUUACAAAAUGUUAUAAGGAUAUUUUAGCAAAUCCGAAAAAAUUUUCUAUAAUGUUAAAUGAUGAAAAUUUAUUAGAUGUAUAUUACACUAUUUUUGGUAAAAGAAAAAAUAAAAGUACGUUCAUUUCUAAGAAUGACAGUGUGAUGAAUAAAGAGAUAUCAGCUAAUAAACAAAUUUUAUCAAAUGAAAAAAAUGAGAACAUUAAAAUUAGCAGAUUGAAAAGCUGCAUAAGUACAGUUAGGAAAAAUGAUAACACUAAGAGUUCUAUGUUUCAACUUAGGAAUAAAUUAAUGCAGGAUAUACAGAAUAGACAUUUCAUUAAAAGGGGAAUUUCCGAUAUAAACAAAAUAGAAAAUGAGCAUAUUAUUCUCCAGAAUGACAAGAAUGACACACAUGAUCUUUCUACAGAAUGUGAUAGAAAUGAUGAAAAAAAAGGAAUUGGAAAAGGAGUAAAAUCAAUCCCAAAUAAUGUAAAUGCAGAGGGUGCUAAUGUGUCAUUUAAUCAAUGUUUUGGGGAAAAGAUAAAAGUAGAAGACAAAAUGAAUGGAGGUAUAAUUAAUGAAAUGUCGCUAGGAAAAGAGUUAAACGUUGAUAUGAGGUCACUUGAUGUUUUAACUACAGAAAUGAAGAUAGGGGAAGAGCUUAAAAUCCAGGGAAAAAUCAGAGCCAAUAUAAAUAUUGUGGACAUAAAGAAGGAUAACCUAGAUACAAGAAUAACAGAAGAGAAAAUGACGGAAUAA